GUGCUCUCCCCUCCUUGGGGCCUCAGGCUGGCUGACUCUCGCUGGAGCGCGCCCCAGGCUUGGAUGAGGGGCUCGCGUAGCCUGGCCGAAGACAGCGAGCCUGGUGGCCCCUGCGCGCGGGCCUCCUGGGCGGGGGAGGAGGUUAACCCUCCCCCGUUGCCAUGUUAGGCCCCCUGCAGGGCCGAGUCUGUGUGGUGACAGGAGCCUCCAGGGGCAUUGGCCGGGGCAUUGCCUUGCAACUCUGCGAGGCAGGAGCCACUGUCUACAUCACUGGCCGAAAACAGAACACCCUGCAGGCCGCUGCUCUGGAGGCACAAUCCAGAGGGGGUCGAUGUGUGCCCGUGGUUUGUGACUCAAGCCAGGAAGAUGAAGUACGGAGCCUAUUUGAAAAGGUGGAUAGAGAACAAGAUGGGAGAUUGGAUAUACUAGUCAACAACGCCUAUGCUGGGGUCCAGACCAUCAUUUCCAAUAUGAAGAAGCCAUUCUGGGAAUGCCCAGCUUCUAUAUGGGAUGAUAUCAAUAAUGUAGGGCUCCGAGGCCACUAUUUGUGCUCGGUGUAUGGAGCCCGGCUAAUGGUGCCUGCUGGUCGAGGGCUCAUCGUGGUCAUCUCCUCAAUUGGUGGGCUGCAGUAUAUCUUCAACGUAGCCUACGGUGUGGGCAAAGCAGCGUGUGAUAGGUUGGCCACAGAUUGUGCACUGGAGCUGCGAAGCCACGGCAUUGCCUACGUGUCUCUUUGGCCAGGGGCGGUGAAGACAGAGCUAUUGAUAGAACAUAUGAACAAGGAAGAGGACCCGUUGGCCCAUCAGCUGAAAGAACUUUUUCUAGAUGGGGAGACCCCAGAGCUGAGUGGCAAAUGUGUGGUGGCCCUGGCAACAGAUCCCAAUAUCAUGCAGCUGAGUGGUCGGGUUCUGCCAUCCUGUGAUCUGGCUCAAAGAUAUGGCUUUAAGGAUGUGGAUGGCCGUCCUGUCUCUGACUAUCUAUCCCUCCGAUCAGUGCUUUCUCGGGUUCCCAAAGUGGCCUGGCUGGCCUCUUACAUGCCCAGAUUCCUCCGGAUGCCCAAGUGGAUUAUGGUCCUCUAUUCCAGUAAAUUCUGAUCUUAUCAGCCACCUGAGAUGAAGGGAAGACUUCCCGUCUUCCCAAACAGUACAGCUGCUUAAUAUUCUGCCGCAAUCAUCAGCCAUGGAUCAAGGAGUGAUUUGACAUGUUUGGAUAAGAAAAGUUAAUAUUUCUCACAUACCUGGACUCUUGAGCAACCUCUGCCUUUAAGUGAAGACUUCCCCUGGGUCCUUGACUGUAUCACCUGUAUUCCUCUCACACUCAGCCAGAGAAGAGCAUUUGGGAUAUGACACAAAUUCUAGUCUUAUCCACAACAUUGACUAGCUUUAUAACUCUUAUAACACUUGUGAUUUUGUUUUGCUUUCUUUUCCUUGUUCCUGUACCUUGUUUUACCUUUUAAUGGAAAAUACCUCUUGGCUAAUAAAAAACUCAAUUCAAUUAUUAAUUUA